CUAGAUUUUCCAUAAACGUUUAGUUUUGACAUUUGAUUGCACGUGCGUGUUCUGAAAUCCGCAUUUCAAAAUAAAAAUUGCUGAAAAAUUGUCAGCAAUAACCACAAAAUACAAAACCAUGUCAUCAUCAGAAAAUGAAGACGUAGAACUCAAUGAGGAGCAGUCUAGCGCCGAGGAAGAAGAUGAUGAAGUUGCAUCCGACGAAGAAGGCGAAGAACAGCCAGAAGAUGAAGACUCUGGCGCCGAAGAACAUGACAUCAAUGCCAGUGCCACAGAAUCUGACGAAGAUGAUGAUGAUGAUGAAGUUGAUGACGACGAAGAUGUGCCUGCGACGAAGAACAAGAAGCAAAAGGAGCAAACCCCAUUGACGAAAAACUCUAAAAUCACAGAAGCUAUAACCGAGCGACAUGAGAAACGUAAAGGAAGACAACUUUAUAUCCGUUUCCCUGAGAAAUUGCCCGAAAGCGUAGAAGACUUCCAAAAGAAGAUCAAAUCGCUGUCUAGUUUGAUUGUCGAUGGCCACAAACCCAGACAGAAACAUGCUCGUUUCUGCCUCGUUGAUUUCGCCAACACCGAAGAUCGCGACAUAGCUCUGAAAGAACUGAGCAAAAAAGAAUCUAACGUCUUUGUGUCCAUCCCAAAAACUGACGACGAUGAAUUCGUUAAAACUCUAAUCGACAAAAAGAUCAAGCAGGCCGAGAAAAAGCGUGCCAAGAACAUGCUGCGCAAACAAAGUAAGAAAACUGUUUUGGAGAAACAAUUCACUUCGACUCUCAUGGUCCUUAAUCUGCCGAGCAGCGCAACAAAUGCACAGAUCAAGGAGCUCUUCACUGAUGCUGUAGACAUCCAAACCAAAAAGGCUUCGGGUAAAUUUAGUGACAAGAUGAUUGCCACAGUUACUUUGCCCUCGACUGAAGAUGCUAAAAAGAAUUAUAAGCGAAAACUAGUGUUGGGUGGAAAUGAUUUGAUCAUUCGAUUUAAUAACAACGCAAAGAAGAGGGGCAUGAAGAAAAAUAAAAAAGGGCCGCAGAAACCGAAACCAGGUGGUGCCGCGCCAAAGAAGGGUCCUAUAGCACCAGCAAUAGUGGAUGCAAACAAUUCCAAUUCACCCAAAAAACCCAAUAAAUCACCGAAAAAGAGAUCACUUUCUGAAAAUGGAAAGAGUAAUGUUCCCGAGAAGAAGGCUAAGGGAAAGAAUCCAAUGCCACCGAGCAAAAAGGGAAAUGCAUCACCAGCAGCGAAGAAUGGAAAGCCCAACAAUAAAAACAAACAGAAAAAUAAGUCACCGAAGAAGGGCAAGGCUGUUCUCGCUCCCGUCGCCGCCGUGGAAUAGGUUUAAGUAUUUUAAUGAAAUUUUGUGUUGUACAUAGAUUCAAAGACUUUUACAAAGAAAAAGAUAAAAAACCAUCUACAUUUGUAUGUUUAAGCAUAACUUUUGUAGGUAAAUGAAAAAAACUUUUUAAAAUAAAGCGAGGUAAUUUCCUCCUAAAAUAAAUACA